GUCCAUCCGCGCUUGAGACGUUGUCCGGGAGGAGGCGGGGCUGGCCGAGGGGUGGAGCGUGCAGGAGCCGGUAGCUCCCUAGAAAGAGAGUGCUUGGCUUCUACCCUGUGGAUGCGCUGACUGUCCAGCACACCAAAGCUGCGGCCAUGGCUUCCGAAGGUAGAGAAAGCAAGCCCCAGUCACCGAAGGGCAAAAGACCGGCUCCCACCAAAGAAGUGAACUCAAAGGAAAAGAAGUUGUUCGAGAAUCUCUCCGGUGCUGGCAAAGCCAUCGGGGUCCUCACUAGUGGCGGUGAUGCCCAAGGAAUGAAUGCUGCUGUUCGAGCUGUAGUACGGAUGGGAAUCUAUGUGGGAGCCAAAGUGUAUUUUAUAUAUGAGGGUUAUCAAGGUAUGGUAGAUGGAGGCAAUAAUAUCGUUGAAGUGAACUGGGAAUGUGUUUCCAGCAUUCUCCAAGUGGGAGGAACGGUCAUUGGCAGUGCGCGUUGCCAAGCAUUCCGUACCCGGGAAGGCCGCUUAAAAGCAGCUUAUAACUUGAUUCAAGAGGGAAUCACUAACCUGUGUGUGAUUGGUGGGGAUGGAAGCUUAACAGGAGCCAACCUUUUCCGUGAAGAAUGGAGUGGACUCCUGGCAGAAUUGGCCCAAACUGGUAAAAUUGAUAAAGAAGCCGUGAAGAAAUAUGCCUACCUCAACAUUGUGGGGAUGGUGGGCUCUAUAGACAAUGACUUCUGUGGGACGGAUAUGACAAUUGGUACCGACUCUGCUUUGCACAGGAUCAUUGAAGUCGUGGAUGCCAUCAUGACCACUGCCCAGAGUCACCAGAGGACCUUUGUUCUGGAGGUUAUGGGAAGACACUGUGGGUAUCUAGCUCUUGUAAGUGCCCUGGCUUGUGGUGCAGAUUGGGUGUUUAUUCCUGAAUACCCACCAGAAGAAGGCUGGGAGAAGCAACUGUGCGUUAAACUAUCAGAGAACCGUGCCCGCAAGAAGAGGCUGAACAUCAUAAUUGUUGCAGAAGGAGCGAUUGAUAUCCAUAAUAAACCUAUUUCUUCUGAGCAUGUUAAGGAUCUUGUAGUUAAACAACUGGGAUAUGAUACUCGUGUGACAAUCCUUGGACACGUCCAAAGAGGAGGAACUCCUUCUGCUUUCGACAGGAUUCUGGCUAGUCGAAUGGGUGUGGAUGCUGUAUUAGCCCUUCUUGAGGGCACACCAAAUACCCCGGCGUGUGUUGUGUCUCUGUCUGGAAACCAGGCUGUGCGUCUGCCCCUGAUGGAGUGUGUACAUUUGACUCAGGAAGUUCAGAAGGCAAUGGAUAAAAGACAAUUUGAUGAGGCUGUGAAGCUUCGAGGAAGGAGCUUCGAGAACAACCUGAACACCUAUAAAAUGCUUUCUCAAAAAAAAUCAGAUGCAGAACUUCCAAAGAGCAAUUUUAAUGUGGCUGUUAUGAAUGUGGGUGCUCCUGCUGCAGGGAUGAAUGCUGCCGUCCGUUCGGCAGUGAGGAUGGGCAUCAUUGAGGGUCAUAAGAUGCUUGCUGUCAGUAAUGGCUUUGAAGGAUUUUCUAAAGGUCAGAUAAAAGAAAUCACCUGGGGAGCUGUUGGAGGUUGGACUGGCCAAGGAGGAUCCAUUCUUGGCACAAAACGUACUCUUCCUGCAAUGUAUUUGGCGAAGAUUGCUGAACAGAUGCGUACUCAUAAUAUCAAUGCUCUUUUGGUUAUUGGUGGAUUUGAGGCCUACCUGGGAUUGCUGGAAUUGUUAGCUGCCCGUGAAAAAUAUGAGGAAUUCUGUGUUCCUAUGGUUAUGGUUCCUGCAACUGUAUCCAACAAUGUACCUGGUUCAGAUUUCAGCAUUGGUGCAGAUACUGCUCUGAACACUAUAACUGAUACUUGUGAUCGAAUCAAGCAAUCAGCUAGUGGGACCAAGAGGCGGGUCUUCAUCAUCGAGACAAUGGGUGGCUACUGUGGAUAUCUGGCCAGCAUGGGUGGCCUUUCUGCUGGGGCUGAUAUAGCAUAUAUUUUUGAAGAAAAGUUUGACAUCCGAGAACUACAGGCUAACGUGGAACAUUUGACAGAGAAAAUGAAGACCAGCAUUCAACGAGGCCUGGUGCUCAGAAACGAGAACUGUAAUGAAAAUUAUACCACUGAUUUCAUUUAUCAACUCUACUCUGAGGAAGGAAAAGGAGUAUUUGAUUGCAGAAAGAAUGUCUUGGGUCACAUGCAACAGGGUGGAGCACCUUCUCCUUUUGACAGAAACUUUGGAACAAAAAUUUCUGCCAAAGCUGUUCAGUGGAUUUCACAUAAACUAAAGGAAAGUUAUCGAAAAGGAAAAGUCUUUGCCAACACUGAUGAUUCAGUUUGUCUGUUAGGAAUGCGCACACGGACUCUUCUUUUCCAACCUGUGGCUGAACUAAAGAAUCAAACGGAUUUUGUGCACAGAAUUCCCAAAGAACAAUGGUGGUUGAAACUCCGACCUUUGAUGAAAAUUUUGGCCAAGUAUAAAAUCAGCUAUGAUGUUUCCGAUUCAGGUCUGUUUGAACAUGUACCUGGCAUUAACACAGAAGGUUAACUCACAACAUGUUAAGUCAUGUGGAGUCACAUUGUGUGUCUGUAAUGAUGCUUUAGAAUUUUUUGGUCACUGCUAUUUUUUGUAACACUUAAGUUAUUGUAUAAGCACUUUAUGCAAAAUAAGGAAUAGGUUGCAAUUUUUUUUUCUGUAUUGUGUCAGAUAUUAAAUACUCAAUCACUUAACUACAAAGUACUGAUUAUCAAUAUCACUCUCAUUUACAUAUUACCUAAUGAUCCUUACAAAAUAAAUAAUUCAAAUGC